CAACAUUUAUCAUCUUCGAGCUUCUCUUUCUAAACCAACGGACGAAGCUCUUCUCCGAAUUCCCGAUUCCCUUUUAAUUCGGUCACAAUCUCUCUGUAAAUAGUUAAUUCUGUUGCGGAAUUCGCGGAAAAGCGAUGUUGGAUCUCAAUCUGAGAGUACUAGUCAACGGCGGGAGUCCUCCGGAGGGCUCCGGGCCCGACGAAUCCGGCACCUCCAACUCCAGCUUUGCCGGCGACGACGAGACCUGCUCCACACGCUCCAGGGAAGUCGUCGCCUUCGAUUUCGGCAUUCUCGCGGCAGGGGACGGAUGCGGCGGCGCCGGCGAGUUGCGGCCGGAGUUGCAGCUGUUCCCGCCGGGCUGUUCCCGGAAUGCGGGUCGGGCUUCCGGGUCGGACGGAAUGGAUCUCUCCUUCCUGUGUCGGGCGGAGGUGCGGACGGAGGAGGAGGAGAAACAACAGCGGCUGCCACCGCCGGCUCAGCCGCAGCAGGUAGUGAAGAAGAGUAGGAGAGGGCCCAGGUCUCGGAGCUCACAGUACAGAGGAGUCACUUUCUAUAGAAGAACUGGUAGAUGGGAAUCGCAUAUCUGGGACUGUGGGAAACAAGUGUACUUGGGCGGAUUUGACACUUCUGAUGCUGCUGCUAGAGCAUAUGAUAGAGCAGCUAUAAGGUUCCGUGGGGUUGAAGCUGAUAUAAACUUCAAUUUAAGUGACUAUGAGGAAGACAUGAAACAGAUGGAGGGCCUCACUAAAGAAGAAUUGGUACACAUGUUGCGCCGGCAGAGUACCGGGUUCUCUAGGGGAAGCUCCAAAUACAGAGGUGUGACAUUGCAUAAAUGUGGGAGAUGGGAGGCUCGGAUGGGGCAGUUCCUUGGGAAAAAGGCUUAUGACAAGGCAGCUAUCAAAUGUAACGGAAGAGAAGCUGUUACUAACUUUGAGCCCAGCACAUAUGAUGGAGGAACUUCCUUCGACUCCCAUGAUCUUGAUCUGAACUUGGGGAUUAAAAGCUCUUUUCCAAAUCAAAUUAUGGAUAGAUUUGGUGAAACAACAUAUGGGAGUUCACAGCUAAACCUGCCUCCAAUUACAUCGCAACAACCUCAAUUGUCCAAUGGUUUCUACUCGCGUUUCUUUCCUAAUUACGAGGCGAUAGCAAAUGCGAAAAGAAUGGCCAUAGGCUCUCCAUCACAAGGACCCUCCCCAACACGGAUGCCGGAAACGAUGUACUAUGAGGUCGGGACAACAACAACAACAACAACAACAACAUCAACCUCUGGGGCAAUGUUUUCUAGUACAACAACAGCAGCAGCAGCAUCAUCAGGAUUCUCAACUAUGGCUACCCUUGAUCCAGCAUCGUCGGCGAAUAAUCUCAACUUUGCCUCUUCUCAUCCCACUCCAUCAACCAAUGCUUCUCGCUACCGUUACCAUACCGGGCCGCCGCUCUAAUGAUCUAAUCUAACCUUCUAUCUUGAAUCAUUUGUAUAAUUUAGAUGUUGGUUUAAUUUAAUACACACCAUCUGGAUUGUGGAUUAUCUUGUCCACUCCAUUUUGAUCAUAUAUAUAUAGCUCAGACUCUUUCUUUAUUUUAAGCAGCAUGGGGUAAAUUAUCAGUUUUGGAAUUAUAAUCUCAAGAGGGUUUUCUACUGUACAU